AUGUCCUCUUCAUCAUCUGCUUUUGCACCGGACCACCACCAUGUUUCUCCUUCGGAGCAGCUCUGUUACGUCCAUUGCAACUUUUGUGACACUGUCCUCGCGGUAAGUGUUCCUUGCACAAGCUUGCUCAAGACUGUGACGGUUCGAUGUGGCCACUGCACCAACCUUCUGUCCGUGAACAUGCGCGGCUUGCUUGUUCCUACUGCUAAUCAGCUUCAUCUUGGACAUUCAUUCUUCUCUCCUCAGAAUCUUAUGGAGGAGAUUCGGAAUCCGCCAUCAAACUUGCCAAUGAAUCAGCCCAAUCUGAACGAGUCCUUUACGUCCGUUCGAGACGAUGAGCUUCCAAAGCCUCCUGUCCCCAAUAGACCUCCAGAGAAGAGACAGAGGGUGCCAUCUGCUUACAACCGGUUCAUCAAGGACGAGAUCCAACGCAUCAAAGCUGGAAAUCCUGAUAUAAGUCACAGGGAGGCCUUCAGCGCUGCUGCAAAAAAUUGGGCCCACUUCCCACGCAUUCAUUUCGGAAUUAUGCCGGAUCAACCCGUGAAAACCAAUGUGUGCCAACAGGAAGGAGAAGAUGUUCUACUGAAAGAUGGGUUUCUUGCUCCUGCAAACGUGGGUCUGUCUCCUUACUAA